CACGGUUUGUUUUUGUAUUGCUGUGGCUGUGGUUUUGUCCAUAACCUGAAAAUGUUAAAAAUUUCAAAAUGAAUUUAGACCCUUUAUACCUAAAAUCCUUAAUAGGAAAGUCUGUGCAUUUAAACACCAUUGAUAAUGAAUCGCAUUAUGGAACAGUUUAUACGGUAGAUCCAAUAUCAAAUGCCUUCGUGUUGGUUACUUCCGCUGUAGGGUCUAAGCACAUAGUGGCCAUUUACCCAUAUAGCAGUAUUAAAGACUGCACAGAAGCUACCGAGGGACCCUCUCCAUGUAACAUAAUUACUAUCAAUGCUCCACCGUAUGAGAAAUGCGAUAACCGGAAGGUAAAGCUAAUGGACUGGCUGAGAAAGAACCAAGUGGAUCUGCACGACGACGACGGUAUCCUCAAGCUGAAGGACUACUCUGUAACAAUCGAAUCGCCUUACGGACCGGAACAGUGCUACUGUGAUAAUACAAUAGUGUUGGAUAGAAUAAGAACAUUAAUUUUAAAGAUGCCUUUGUAAUUAUUUUAAAUUAAUUUCUUCUGAGUUAAUAUAGGUAUUUAUUUCUCCUACUGAAAUUGGUACCGCAUUUUGCUUAGGCUAAAUAUACACUACCUACUU